AUGUCUGCCGACAACGACAGCCUGGAAAUUAACAGCUUGCUCGAGACCUUGUCUUUGGCACAAGCUGGUCUGGAAGCAGAAGCUGAGAAAAAAAACCCAAGCCAGGAUGAGAAGGCUUCUGAGGAACCCGCUCCAGUAGAGUCGCAGCCUGAAGAAAAGAAGGAGGAGCCUUCCAAGACGGAAGAGGUGAAGGAAGAACCUCCAAAGACCGAAGAGAAGAAGGAGGAGCCACCUAAGACUGAAGAGAAGACUGAGGUUUCUGAAGAGGCUGAACCAGAGAAGAAGGAAGAGACAAAGGAAGAAGAGACAAAGGAAGAGCCGGUGUCUGAGGAACCAGAGAAGUCCGAGAAGGAGCCUGAAGCGGCUGAAGAGAACGACUCUAACUUGAUCAACUCGACAUAUGAAGUGAAAGUCAAGUUGGCAGACUUGCAAGCCGAUCCAAACUCUCCAUUGUUUUCGGUGAAGUCGUUUGAGGAAUUGGGCUUGAGUGAAGAACUCUUGAAGGGUUUGUACGCUAUGAAGUUCAACAAACCAUCCAAGAUUCAAGAGAAGGCCUUGCCUCUUUUAUUGAAGGACCCACCAACGAAUAUGAUUGGUCAAUCCCAGUCUGGUACCGGUAAAACCGCUGCUUUCUCCUUGACCAUGUUGACCAGAGUGGAUGAAAAACUUAAGGAUGUCCAGGCCAUUUGUUUGUCACCAGCCAGAGAGUUGGCCAGACAAACCCUUGAUGUCAUCCAGACGAUGGGUAAGUACACAAACGUCACCUCGAAGCUUGUGGUCCCAGGAAGUUAUGCAAGAGGUGCCAGAAUCACCGAUAACAUCUUAGUGGGUACUCCAGGAACAUUAUUGGAAUUGAUAAAAAGAAAACAAGUCAACCUCAGCCGCGUGAAGGUGUUCGUCUUGGAUGAAGCCGAUAACAUGUUGGAAGCCCAGGGUAUGAGUGACCAGAGUGUCAGAGUCAAGAAAUACUUACCAAGAGACGCUCAGCUUGUGUUGUUCUCUGCUACCUUCCCAGAGGAGGUUCGUGACUACGCUGAAAGAUUCGUUCCAAACGCUAACUCGUUGGAAUUGAAACAGGAGGAGCUUAAUGUUGAUGGUAUUAAACAGCUUACGAUGGAUUGUGACAGCGAGCAGAACAAAUUUGAAGUUUUAUGUGAAUUGUACGGUUUGCUUACGAUCGGUUCGUCUAUCAUUUUCACGAGAACGAGAGCUUCUGCUGAAAAAGUGGCUACUGGUAUGAAGAGUGAAGGACACAAGGUCUCUGUUCUUCACGGUCAGUUGGACCACGAAGAUAGAGAUCGUGUGAUUGAUGACUUUAGAGAGGGAAGAUCCAAGGUGUUGAUCACCACUAACGUCUUGGCUAGAGGUAUUGAUAUUGCUUCUGUCUCCAUGGUUGUCAACUACGAUGUGCCAACAGACCAAAACGGUAACCCAGAUCCAUCGACCUACUUGCACAGAAUCGGAAGAACCGGUAGAUUCGGCCGUGUGGGUGUGUCCGUCACCUUCAUCCACGACAGAAGGUCUUACGAGCAAAUGGAGUACAUUAGGCAGUACUUCAAGAUUGAAAUGACUAGAGUGCCCACCGAGGACAUGGAUGAAGUCGAGAAGGUCGUCAAGAAAGUGCUUAGGAGCUAG